CCUGAAAAAGCGGUCAACUCUCGAUUUUCCCGUUGAACAAACACCCCCUUUGCCGCCAAUCAAAACUUCCCCCCCCCCCUCCCAUCCUCUCACUUUCAUUCUUCGAGAUUUUCCCACCGUUCACACACAUCUCCCUCUCUCUUUUCUUGAUUGUGGAUAAGCCCCAAUUCAAACAGAACAAAUCGUUGCUUCAACAAUCAAGGAUCGAAAGGGUUUUCGCCCUUUUUCUUUUGAUUUUAUCCCUCUUGAUCCCCCCAAAUCGUCAGUUGGUAUCAAAAACCAAAAGUCUUGAUUUCUUCGGAUCGCAAAUAUCGUUAAAGGGGAGGAGAUUCUGAAUCGAAAAUGGCGUUAUUGUGAAUGAGAACAUUCACCGCUCCAUCGUCUUCUUCUCCAGCUGAUGCUUCAUUUUCGUUCGAUUUCAUAUUGACAUUGCCAAAGGAUCCCAUAUUACUUACACCAGAUAUGAAGGGUCUUCUUAAAGGUUUAAGAAACCUUCACAAUAUGUUUGAUGAAAAGGAACAAGAAAUGCAAAUAGGGAAUCCUACGGACGUAAAGCAUGUUGCUCAUAUCGGUAUGGAUGGUCCUGCUGCCAGUAAGCCUAGCUGGAUGAAUGGGUUUGAUUCAGCUCAAGAGCUCUCAUCCCAAGCUCUAGCCAAUGAUCUACAAGAUGGGGAUUUAGGAAAUCAUGAGACAUUGCCACCAACCGAGAAGCACAAGAAAUCGAGGCGCAAAGCAUCAAUAGAGAACGGCACAGAUUAUGAGUCUGUCAAAGACGGCGAGAAGGGCGAGAAGCAUAGACGCCACCGGUCGAACCACUCGAUGGAGUCCCCCGGUCGGGAGUCAUCUUCUUCCCACGGGAGACGCCACUCGAAUCGCAGCACCAAGGGUGAAUCCGCCGACGUGCCCGACCUCCCGAAGAAAUCCCGGAGGAAGAAGUCGAAGGCGUCAGAGGGGGGGUCUUCAUCAUCAAGAUCAAAAACUGGUUCUUUGCCUGAUGUAGGUGAGCUUGAAUCUUAAAAGAGAAGAAACGGCAAAACCAACGUGAUACGGGCAGCCCAUGCAUGGUUUUUCAUGGCUCAACAGCACCAGAAAAUAUAAAAAGAACAAUGGGAUUUAAA